GGGUAUGGCAGAUUAGGGGGCAGCCAUGGGAGGCACCGUAAUCUGCCAUUGGAACACACCAGCAGUGUGAGGAGGAAAGUGGCAGCACAGCAGCAAUGGGAGGCCAAACCCCAUGAAUCUGCAGCAUGAGGAGGCCCAGGGGCCCAUGGCAGAUUAGGGGCCUGGAGACAAAAUGGGAACUGCACACCAGCAGUGUGUGCAGUGUGGAGACCUGAAAGUGGCACAUGGCAGAGUGUGGCGAUGGAGACAGCAGCAAUGGGAGGCCGUACAGGGACCCAUGAGACACUCUGGACCUGGCAGCAGCAUG